AUGUCCAAGCCGGGGGAGAGAAACAAAUUGUACGAGGACCAUGGCAGAAAGCAGAGUUCAACGUUGGCCAACGGCACCGACAGUCACCCCGGCUCGGCGGAGAAACGGAGUCACCACUGGAGAAGUUUCAAGAUGAUCAUCGACCCGGCGCUUAAGAAGGGAUCGCACAAGCUGUUUCGCUACGAUGGACAUGCUUUCAACAUGCCCAACCCGGGCUUUCCACCGGUGGAAAGCGUCCGAGACCCGAGGAUUGGGCUUCUUUGGACCAAAUACAAGGAAACGGACUUGCCGGUGCCCAAGUUUAAGAUUGACGAGUAUUACAUCGGGCCGGUGCCCCCGAAGGAGGUGACGUUUGCCCGCUUGAACGACAACAUCCGCGAGGGCUUCCUGACGGACAUGUGCAAAAAGUUUGGCGACAUCGAGGAGGUGGAGAUCCUGUACAACCCCAAGAACAAGAAGCACCUAGGCAUCGCCAAGGUGGUCUUCGAGAGCGUCAAAGCCGCCAAGGUGGCCGUGCAGAUGCUCCACAACACAUCCGUGAUGGGAAACAUCAUCCACGUGGAGCUGGACCCAAAAGGUGAGAAUCGCCUUCGGUACUUCCAACUCCUGAUGAACGGAAGCUACACGCCGCGUACACUGCCCGUCGGCGGAGAGGAAGCCAGAGAAGUUUCUCCUCGUAGCCUGGCUGAAGCUUUGUUGGCAUGCGAGCCCAUCAGGCGGUUGUCGGAGAGCAGCCUGUCUUCGGCGGCAGGCUCGUUGCCUCCGAGCGGCGGCGCCUCCACCACGCCGCUGUCCAUGGAGACUGGGUACUCCAGCGUAAGGCCGGACACGCCCCAGUCCCAGGGGACGCCACGGCAAACCGGCACCCCCUUCUCCCAAGACUCCAGCUACUCCAGUCGCCAGUCCACCCCCGCGUACCAGUCCGGCCGGGCGGAGAACUCCGGGGGAUACAAGUCGCGGAGGCACGAGAGCAAGUUUCAGGACGCGUAUAAUCGCAGACCGGAGAGACCGCAGUACCGCAGCAACAUGUACCGGAGUAGCGCCGCGUCUGAGCCGGCAUCCUUUAAGCAGCACCACCUUACCCCUCCCGAACCUCAGCCCGCGACUCCCUCUUUCUCUUACACUGCUCCUCCCCCAGCGACGCCCAACUUCAAGUCUGCUUUCUCGCCUUACCAGGCGCCCUUGCCUCCCGCCUUCCCCCCAUCGGAACCCGCCUUUCACCACUCGUCCCAAAGGGACAGCGAGUACCAGCGGCCCCCUCAGCCCCCUCCGACUGCCCCUGCUGACUUUUUGCCCUCCAAGGAUAGACCGGAAACCCCUCCCAUCCCAGAGCCCCCGCCGGAACCGGGACCCCGCCCCGGCACGCCUCCUCCCCGGACUCCCGAGCGAUGCCCGUCGCCCGGCUCGCCCGCCGCCGAUCCGGAGCGCAACAGCCUGGACUCGCGCAUCGAAAUGCUCCUAAAGGAGAAAAGGACUAAACUGCCUUUCCUGACGGAGCGAGACUCGGACACCGAACUGCGAAUGGAGGGAAGUCCCAUUUCUUCCUCUUCCUCGCAGCUUUCCCCCAUACCGCCGUAUACGGGCGGCGAAGCGCAAAACUCACGACCGUGUAGCACGGGCUUAGAAGACAUCAGCCCCACUCCACUACCGGACUCUGACUCUGAUGACGAGCCCGUCCCGGGCACCGCCUCGCUGGUCAGGUGGAUCGGCUCUCCACUCGAUCGCGAAAACAACAAUCAAGGCAAAGAGGAACAUUCUCGAGGACAUACUGAAACAGACAAAAUGGAGACGAGUCAUCAGUCGUCCGGAGAAGACAUGGAGAUCUCUGACGACGAGAUGCCCGGAACACCCACUGGCAGUGGCGACAAAGGCAUUGUUGUUAACUCGGCCGUGUCGCCGAUCCAGACCCUGGGCCUUCCCCCGCCGGGCUUCCCGCACCUGCCCCACCAGCCCGGCUUCAGCCUGCCGCACCACCACCUGGCCGCCGUGCCCGGUCAUCCGGCUCACCUGGCCGUGCACCCGCACCUGCUGCCCCACGUGGCUCACUACGCUCCCGGCAUGAUCCCUCUGGUCCAAAUGGAGCUGAUGAACUGUUUGCGGUGGGAACAGUGGAGCACGGUUCCCAUGUCCUUUCAAAUGCAGCAGCAGAUGCUGAGUCGCAUGGCGCAGACUAGAGGCCCGUAUCCAUACCCUCAUUACCUGGACGGCGCCGCUGCCGGGCCCUUCGCAGCGCCGUACCCGCAUCCCUCUGUGGGUGCCACGCACGUGCCAGGACAAGCGUGGCAGCAUCCCAGCAUGCCCGUGUUCAACCCAUCCGUUCCUCCUCCCGGCUACGAGAGCAAAAAGGAGGACCCCCAUAAGGCCACCGUUGAAGGGGUGCUGCAAGUCAUCGUCAAAGAACUGAAGGCCAUCAUGAAGAGGGAUCUCAAUCGCAAAAUGGUAGAGGUGGUUGCCUUCAGAGCCUUUGACGAGUGGUGGGAGAAGAAGGAACGCUCGGCCAAGGCAUCCUUGACUCCAAUCAAAGGUUCAGAAGGAAAGGAGGAAGAGCGACCGAAACCCAAAGAGACCAUCGGUUCAAGUCUGCUGGAGAACUGGAACAAGGGCGAGAGCCUGGGCUAUGAAGGGAUGGGAUUAGGAAUUGGCCUGCGAGGAGCCAUUCGCUUGCCCUCCUUCAAGGUGAAAAGAAAGGACCCACCUGAAGCCAUUACCGCGGGGGAAAAUAAACGAGCACGACCCUCCAUUCCCGUUGAUGACGAGCUUGAGGAUGAAGACCGCGAUCGAGACCCAACGGAACUCCCUUCGGACGACUCUAAAAUGGACGGCGAUGGCAUUUCGAUCAAGAGGAGACACUCGCGCCCGCUGGACCUCGACAGCGAGGGCGAAGAGGAGGCGGAAACCUCGGGGAAAGAAGAGUCGCUGGGCGAUCGAGAGGAAGAACCCGACGAGACGGCGCCCGCCGAAAAGCUGUCGCCGAGCAAGAGCGACGACGAAGCCAACAGAGACUCCUCCAGCGACAGCACCUCUUCCGAUUCAUCUGACGACGAAUCGGAAAGUUCGGCGUCCUCCGGGAGCAGCUCUGGCUCCUCGUCGGCCAGCUCCGACUCCUCAGAGUACGAGUUGAGCUCGGAAGAAGAGGUGUCGGAAGCGGAGGUGGAAGAAGACGACGUGGGAAAAGCUAGCAAGACCUCCUCUUCCUCUUCGUCGUCUUCAUCUUCGUCCUCCGACGAAGAAGGAGGGAUGGACGCCGAGACGCCGGGUCCCACGGCCGACGCAACAGAGGAGAUGAGCAGCAUACCUAAAGUCAGACCUCCGAGUCCUGAGGAGGAGUUUGUGGAGGAGCAAAAACCACCAUCGCCUAAAGUCAUCCCAGUCAAAGUGGAAGAGGUCAGCAGUGAUGAAAUUGGCGGCGUGAAGGCGGAGUAUAUCCGGCCUCCCACACCGACAGGAGCCCCGCCGUCCGACAGCGAGCAGGAAAGCAAGAGCAGAGGUAACGUGGCGGCCCAGGGAACGCCCGCGACGCCAGGCGGAUUAGCCCCGUGCCACCUCCCAUCCGAAGCCCCCGCACCCCGAAGCGCUUCGACCUCUUUAAUGCGCCUCCCUCUCCCGCCUCGCCCGACAGUAGAAGGCGGCUCCCUCCUCCGGCCGCCCUUGGAACGGGCUCGCCCGGCCACGGACGAGGAACUCCCGAGGACGCCCGGCCGGGAUCUGACGGAACGAGCCCGGAGUCUGGGCAAGUCUCAGAGCACGGACACGGUGCCGAAGACGCCAGGUAGUGACGCCCCGCUAACGGGGAGCAGCCUGUUGCUCAGCUCCCCUCACGUUCCCGGUAGUCCUUUCUCUUACCCCGCUCAGUCCCCUGUCCUAAGCGCCGGAGUCCCUCGCACUCCGGGUCGGGACUUAACCUUUGCCCCCGUCUUCCCCGACCCCUCUGCGCUUAAUCGAAAGAUCUCCUCCGAGAGCCCGGACGAACGGCCCGUGUUUAAGGAGCCGCACGUUGCCGCCUUAGCUAACCGAGCCUCGUCAACAGGUACGGCACUUCCGGCCGGCUUCCCCGGGGACGAUUCCGAGACGUCGGACGACGUCCCGUCGACGAAGAAACCCAUACGGCUCAAAGGGAAAAGGGUCCCGCUGAUCUCCGAGUCCCCGGAAGGAACUCCUUUGCGAGACGCUUCUCCCGACGGCGACUCGAGGGCAGGGGAAGAACCUAGGACGGCGCCCCCCGACUCUGAGGAUGGCUUCCUCUCUUACGAAGAGGACGCCCCAGUGACGGUCAAGCCGGCGCGGCGGACGCGGCGAGGCUGGGAGGAGCUUCUCCUGGACAGCCUGUCCCCUGUCACCACGCCGCCACGCUCCUACUUCUCCAGACGCAGCGACUUUGAGGAGAUGACCAUCUUGUACGACAUUUGGAACGAGGGCAUCGACGAGGAGGACAUCCGCUUCCUGCAGAUCACUUAUGAUAAGAUGCUGCAGCAGGACAACGGCAACGACUGGCUGAACGACACGCUUUGGGUUAAUCAUCCUCAAACCAACGUCCCCCGGGUUAAGAAGAAAAGGCGAGACGACGGCAUGAGGGAUCAUGUCACUGGCUGCGCUAGAAGCGAAGGCUACUAUAAGAUCGACAAGAAGGACAAGAUCAAGUACCUGCAGAGCACGCGGCUGCAGUCUGAGGAGCCGCCCAUUGACACGCAGGGCAUGAGUAUUCCUGCGCAAGUCCACGCGUCCACCAGAGCCGGUUCAGAGCGGCGGUCCGAGCAGCGACGCUUGUUGUCGUCCUUUGCGUGUGACAGUGACCUGUUGAAGUUCAACCAGCUCAAGUACCGCAAGAAGAAGAUUCGAUUCUGCAAGUCGCACAUCCACGACUGGGGGUUGUUCGCUUUGGAGCCCAUCGCUGCGGACGAUAUGGUCAUUGAGUACGUGGGUCAAAACAUCAGACAGGUGAUCGCGGACAUGCGCGAGAAACGUUACGAAGAGGAGGGCAUCGGGAGCAGUUACAUGUUCCGCGUAGACCACGACACCAUCAUUGAUGCCACCAAAUGCGGGAACUUUGCACGUUUCAUCAACCACAGCUGCAACCCCAACUGUUACGCCAAGGUGAUCACGGUGGAGUCGCAGAAGAAGAUCGUCAUCUAUUCUCGGCAGCCCAUCAACGUCAACGAGGAGAUCACGUACGACUACAAGUUCCCUAUCGAGGACGAGAAGAUCCCUUGCUUGUGCGGGGCUGAGAACUGCAGGGGGACUCUCAACUGA